AUGAUGAAAACCGAAUUUGAAUGUACAAAAUGUUGUAUUUGUUAUAAGGAUGAUUGUAAUAAAGAUUUUAAAAAAUGUGAAGGUCACGGGACAAAAGCUCAAGAAGGAUUUAAAAUUGAACCUAAUCAAAGCCCAAAUAAAAAACCUAUUUUAAAAACAAAAUAUCCAAUUACAACAACCACAACUGCAAUUACUACUACCAAAAAGGCUAUUACAAUUAAACAGACCAAAACAACAAAGGGUAAUAAAUUAAUCUUUAAAAUUUUGUAUCGAAUAACAGAACUAAAACUAGACCAAAUUUCAUGUCAAUAUUGUCUCUAA